AUGGCCUCUGUGCAUACCAGGGAGGGAGCCACCCGCGCCUUCGAGCACCUACAGAAGGCUUACAGCGUCCUUUCCAACCCAGAGAAGCGCCGGGCCUACGACGCAACACUCGGCAACAACGGCGAGGGCGCAGCUGCUCAAGCGCUUCGAGGUCAGGGCACUGGGCCCAGGGGUGGGCCCUCGUGGCUACAUCGCCCGGACGAUCCAGCCAGGCAGCCAUGGUACUCACAGAUCUCCUUGAGGAGGUUGUGGUAUCGAGCCUCCAAAAAGGCAUCGGCAAGGCCUGCCUUUCUGGGCCCAGUUCUCUUCGUGGCCGGCGUUUUCACUGUUUUUCGCGGCAUCCCUCUGGGGGUCAUGUACAUGUUGGACGACAAAGACCGGAUUGCAAUGAUGAGCCCGCAGCCAGUCAAGCGGCACUGA